AUGCCUUCCGCUUUGAACCAGUCCUCCAGCAGCCCGCUUUCUCUUAAGGUCAUCGGCCACAAUGCGGGAACAUCCAUGGACGGGGUCGACCUCGUCCAUGUCCAUUUCACCCAGGACGGCCCGACAACGCCAUUAAAGAUGCAGCUCCUGCACUAUGGAGAAUACCCGAUGCCUAAAAAGCUUAAGGCAAGAGUCAUGAGGCUCAUUAAGGAGAACACCACGACGCCCGAGGAAUUGGCCAUUGUCAACAUCCAGCUGGGUGAGGUCAUUACCAAAGCCGUCAAUUGGUUCGCGGAGAAGAACAAUUUCAGCGUGACAACGGACAUCGACCUGAUCGGUGGCCAGGGCCAGACGAUCUGGCACCUACCGCUGCCAGAGCUCUUUGAGGGCAACCAAAUCCGUGCACAUCUCGACAUGGCUGAGAUCGCCAUCAUAGCCGCUAGCACGGGCGUCACCUCGCUUGGCAAUUUUCGGGUGUCAGAGAUGGCUCUCGGCCGGCAAGGCUGCCCACUAUUCGCGGCUCUCGACUCCCUCCUCCUGAGCCACCCGACGCUCAACCGCGCUGUGCAGAAUAUCGGCGGCAUCGCGAACUUUUCGAUCUUACCCCGAGGCGCCGUCGAAGAGUGUUACGAUUUCGAUACGGGCCCUGGCAACGUCUUUAUCGACGCGGCUGUGCGGUACUUCACCGGCGGUCAACAGGAAUAUGACAAGGAUGGUGCCAUGGGCCAGAAGGGCAGGGUUGACCAGUCUGUUGUAGAUAAAGUGCUCCAGGGGCCGUACUUCGUGCAUGAUAUACCCAAGACUACUGGCCGAGAGACGUUUGGGGAUCGGAUGGCGGAAGAUAUCUGCGAUGAGAUGCUGGCCCGCGGAGCUACCCCAGAGGACUGUGUCGCCACCAUAACUCGCAUCACAGCCAAGUCCCUCGCCGAUGCCUACGAACGCUGGGGUCCGCCAGGGGGCGUAGACGAGAUCUACAUGGGUGGCGGUGGAUCGUAUAACCCCAACAUCAUCAACUACCUGAAGCAGCGCUUGCCCCACACUCGCAUCGUCCCCAUUUCCGAGAUUGGGAUACCUAUCGGCGCGAAAGAAGCUCUUGGCUUUGCGCUACUGACUCUCGAGUGCUUCGUCGGACGACCUAUGAUUGUGCCCAAGAGGACCGAAUCGGACCGUCCGGGGUGGUGGGCCAGAUCCAGCCGGGCAAGAACAUGCACCGCAUCCGACAGCAUGUUGCUCAGUUUUGGGGAGACUUUCCUGAGGAGCAUGUGA